AUGAAAACCGCUAUAGAUCUUUACCAUGAUGUGAAAUUUGAACAUGAAUAUGGAGACACAUAUAUUGCCAAGGGAUCGUUCGGUUCUUGUCGCCAAAGAACCUACACAAAGACUGGGAGAACUGUUGUGAUUAAAAAGAUGGUUGGAAAACUGGACUCCAUCAAUAGGAAAGAGUUGGAGUUUGCUGCUGUAAAUCCGCAUCGUAACAUAGUUCCUGUAUUGGGAUAUAUAAUACUGCCCGAUGAUGAGGAAAUUUACCUCUUCAUGGAAAAUGGAGGUGAUGCUCUGUCUAGUUUCAAUGCCCAGACAAAGCAAUAUUUGGCAGGGCAAUUCCUGAACAUCAUGCGGUGCUGUCUUGAAGCUGUUGGUCACCUGCAUCACAAUGGGUAUCUCUACCUUGAUGCCAAACCCGCAAACACCCUGAUCAACAUACGUGCAGAUGGAACCUGCAAUGCGAAGUUAUGUGACAUGGGGUCGCUUUUUGAGGUACUCCCCAUUGUGCUGGAUAAUCCAAUAACUGCAUCUGAUGAACAACAGAAUGACAAUACAUUGGUCCCACCACCAGCAACUAGUGGUAGAGGAACAGAGUCGAUGAUGGGUGACUAG